GCUGGAGUCCCUGUGGGGCCCCGGCUGCGUGUUCGUCCUGCACGAGCUGCUCUGGGGGGCGCCGGGCGGCCCUGGCGAGGGGGGCGCAGCGGCAAGGGCGCCAGGGUCGUGCUCGCGGGCCCGCGGCCUCCAGAGCUGUCGGUGCAGGCGUGGUGCCAGCACCUGGUGGCGCCCGGGACCACGGUGCACCGCGGGAUGAUGGACCCGAGCGACGCGCAGGCGACGAAGGCUGUGCUGGUGGAGGGCUUCCUCGGCCCUGCAGACCUGGAGGCCAUCGAGUCGCUCGCCCACCGGGCAGAGGGCCUCGGGCGCGAGGUGCGCGAGGUGCGCUCCGCGCCGCUGUCGGACAGCUGGGAGGUCCUCUUCCUGCAGGCGGGCGGGCUCUUCGAGGCGGAGGCCCCCGGCCUGGCGCGGCGCCUGGCGUCGCUCGCCCGGGCGGCGUGCCGGGCGCACGGGUGGGUCGAGGAUGCAGACGACAUGCGGCUGCGGGUGGUGGAGUACCAUAGGCAGCGCGCGCCAGGACCAGGCUUGCCUGACUCCCACCACUACGACCUGGACAGCCUCGUGACUGUGGACGUGAUGCUCUCCGCCCCGGGCGCGGACUUCCGGGGCGGGGCCCUGUCGACCCUGGAGCCGGGCGGGCGGCCGCUCGUGCACGAGCUGCGGCAGGGGGAUGCGCUGGUCUUCGCGGCGCACAAGUUCCACUCCGUGGGCCCGGUGCUCGCCGGGUGCCGCCGCGUGCUCGUGGCCGAGUUCUGGCGGGGCGCCUUGCGGCGGUGCCCGCACCGCUGCCAG